AUGGAGCUUCAUAAGAAAUGGACCUCAGAAGGACGUCCAAGAGGAGAACAGUUUGAAAGUUUUCGGUUAUACAAAUAUGCUAAGCGUCUAUUUAGGAAGAAACAACGUAAAAUGGUACGAAAAACAGAGGAGAAUGAUUUCAAAGAGCUUAGUGAGGCUUCCGAGAUCGAUUACAUCAAGUUUUGGAAAUAUUUAAACCGACGUAGAAAGAAGAAAACAUCAACUAAUGUGCUCACAACGAAUGAUGGAAGGACUAUCUCAAACCCAGAAGAAAUAGCAGAUCUGUGGGCUAAUUACUAUGAAAAACUUUUAACUCCUGAGGAAAAUACAAAUUUUAAUGAUGACUUCAGGGAGUAUAUCGAUAUCGAGGUUAGUGACAUAACAAAAAACUCGUUAGCUGAAUUUGAUGAUAUAUUUCAGGAUGCCAUAACUUUAAAAGAGAUCGAGGAUGUGCUAACAGUAUUACCAAAUAAUAAAGCUGCCGGUGAUGAUGGCAUAACGUAUGAACAUAUUAAGUACUCUGGUGACAUUCUGGCUGCCAAGCUGCUAAUACUUUAUAAUAAGAUCAUUGAAUUGGAGUACAUUCCAAGACAAUUUAAGUUAGGAAUUAAGAUUCCAAUUCCAAAGGGAGGGAAGAGCUGUGCGUCAAAAUUUGAUGAUCACAGAGGAAUUACUCUUCUUUGUACUUUUAACAAAAUUUUCGAAAAUUUAGUACUUAACAGGCUUCAAAAUAAAAUAAGAUGUCGACCCCACCCGCUUCAAGGGGCCUACCAAGCUGAGCGUGCCGGCUUGACGACUUCAUUUAUUAUUGACGAGUCAACUAAGCACUGUUGCGAGGAAAACGGUGAAGUAUUUGCCUGCUAUGUUGAUAUACGCUAUGAAACAGCAAAACACGUCUUCGCCCAAAGAAAAAUAAAAGUUUUAGGCGCAGCUUGUACUCGCGCAUGCGCAUAACGUCAAAAACCGUCCAUGACAUAAUCAAAAUGGUUUCGAGCGCGUGUUACCUAACAUGUCGCACUCAGUUUUCAUUAAAUGGUAUACUUUUUUUGCCCAAGAUAAAAUUAUCAAAAUUAAAAUAAUUAUUAUUCCAGAAGCGGGUAAAGGUUUUUUGGUAUUGCAUGGAAUCCAUGUAUUUUCAAUAUUUUCUUUGAAACAGAAUUUUGUAUGCCUUUGGCUUUAUCUAUAAUAAAAAAGUAUUACAACCAUUGUGUAAUCAGUAAAACGUUGCUCUUUGUUGUUCUCCCAAUAUUGUGAUCAUCUUGCAGAGAAAGCAGUCAUGGCCAGUACAUGUCAGCUUAACUGUCAGUAUUAAAAGGUGAAAUAUGGGAAAGCAGACGACUGUCGAUCAGUAAAAUUGUCCAGCUUGAGAAGUAAGAGUUAAAUAUCGCAGAACUUAAAGUAGUGAGUGUUAUAGAAAAUUACAUCUAAAUAUGUCAACAUAAAACAUCAUGGGCAGAGUCUAGCUAGUCAAUUUCCUUGGCAAAUAACUAAAAUUAAUUGUCCGACAUUAGGCAAGAUAACAUUUAAGUUAACAAACUGCUAAAAGUUGGGCUCAUUGGAGUGAAAUGGGUAUUUCCAAAAAACAUCAGUUCAGCCUUGCCGUCAGUUCACUCAGUUGUCAGGGUGUCACGUUCCUGCAAGUAUGUUUGUUAUAGAGUGAUAAUAUAUUUUCAUUCACUGCAUGGUGCAUUAUAUAACACCUCUAUUAACACUGAAUUUGUUUCAUUGAAGACUUUGAACAUUAAAUAAACCUAUAUAUUCAAUGAAUAAAUAUUAACAGAAACUUUUGAAAGUAUAGCAGUUGAUUUGAAACAAUUCAAUAAAUUAUCUCAUACCAUGUUUAGCUGGGAUAUGCCUUGGCUCUAGGUAAGCAUUUCUCAAAGCAUGUACGCAUAGCAUGUACGCAUUCUGUCACAAGAUGUUGUCUGGAUACCGCGGUCAAACGCCGUCAGACACAGCACCACAAGGAUCAACUACAUACGUAAUUAAGAUAUUUGAUGAAAGUCACUAGUGUUUUCAUCAAAUACCUUAAUUAUGCAUGUAAAAUUACUUGAAUAGAAUUCCUAAUUACGUUUUGCUUGGUUAAGCUAGAAUUUUAUUCAAAUCAGCAAACGAAAACAUUCUGUUACGUCUCGAUUAAUUUGAGAAGCCAUAUAAACAACUCGAGCUCGCGAUCGUGUCUCACCGGGAUAUCCAAACACUCGAAAACAAUGUAUGAAAACACUCGCGCUUCGCGCUCGUGUUUUCAUACAUUUUUCUCUCGUGUUUGGAUAUCCCAGUGAAACACUCCUUCUCGUUGUUCAUAUAUUACAUGAAGAAUUGAGGAUCGAGUAGAUGCCAAGCUAUGUUAUUAAUUUAUUUUGUACAAGAAACACUGGCAUCUGGCAAUCUGUCAUAUACACAACUAUACUAUUUGCCUGUAUUUGGCAUUACAAUAAAUUUAAUUUGAUAUAAAGGCUGAGUCAAAUGUAAGCCUUUGAAUAAAACUAAUGUAUUUAUAUCAUCGUUUUAAACAUUGUCCGCGGAAAAUUCAAAUUUUAAGCCGGAACAUGUGCAUUCUCAAAAUUCACGAAUGAAGAUAGUAAAUAAUUUCCUUUCAAGAUUGCUCUAUUAUACAUAGACAUAAUAAUAUUCUUACCUGGAUAUUACUCAGUCAUCCCUGAUGUUUCAUCUAAAAGCUUCAUCGGCUCGAAAUAUCAAGCGAAAUAUUGUGACUCAUACUUCGAAAUCACGAAAUAUUAAAAACUUGAAAAAUAUGGCUGUGUAA